AUUGUAAACUUUUUUCUUAGUUUAUUUGCAUGCGGCGAGCGAGCGUUACGGCUAAAAAGACAAAAUCGAAGGCGGCACCAAAUUGAAAAAAAAAAAAACGCGAUUCUAGUCAAAGUCAAUUUUUGCUGGCUGUUGGAGAUUAUUUUUAAAUUUUAUAUAUUUUACGGAAAAACGACAAGAACAACAAACGAAAAACAAACAUAAAAUAUAAAUUUUGCAAAGAUCUUCGAAAAGUGAAAAAUUAAUUUUAAUAAAAAAUAGCGAAAAUAGUUGAGACAUAAAAUUUUGUUUACCCAGUUGAUACUCUCUCUCUCUGUCUCAAGAAAACGUGAGGAAUCCGGAAAAAUGGCCUGCUCAACGAAAACGCUGAAAUUCUUUAGCAUCAAAUGGGAUGUAAUCUAUGCGAUCCUUUCAAUAGCUCUGAUCGUGCUUGGAGCCUUUAUCCUUAUCAAAUUCGAAAGAUUCGAUACCGUGGGUUACACCCUGGUCGGCGUGGGAUCUCUCGUUUUCUUGUUUACCAUUGUGGGCAUUGUUGGAGCAGCACGCGAACGGAGCACUCUUCUGAAAAUUUUUGCUUUGAUUGUCGUUAUUUUGGCCAUAACGCAUGUAAUCAUCCUCGGCUUCUUUUGGAUAUUCCAAACGUCGUUUUUGAUUAACGCAGACAAGGCAUUCGAUGAAAUUUGGCGUGACCAGCCAACACCGAUUAAACCUGAAAAUGGCAGUCAUAUUGCCAAUAUUGAACGUUGGUUGAGCUGUUGUGGAAACAGUGGUUCCGUGGACUAUCAUCUGCCACCCCACAGUUGUUAUGAUUCGAAAACUGACAAACUGAACACGGAUGGUUGUCGUCAGAAAUUUGUGGAUUUCAUUACGGAAAGUUGGACAUAUUUGAAUAUUUUCGUUCUUGUUUACGUUGUCAUUGAGCUAAUCUGCGCCAUUUUUGCAUUCGUUUUGGCCAACAGCAUUGUGAAUCGUUGGCGUCGUUCGAAAUACUACUCCAAGUAGAUUGUGGAAAAGUGCGAAGUGAAUCAACAUCAUCGUCAUCAUCGUCGCCCCCCGAAGCUGGCACGUCGAUCGUCAUUAUGAUCAUCUGUUGGCAAUGGACGUCUGUUCGAAGCUAAUAAUGAUGACAAAAUAUUAACGGGAUGUGUUUUUGUUCGCGAUUUCCACCAAUUGCUGUUAGUAUUUUCGGGAAAAUAGCAAGAAAUUAAAAAAUAAAAACAAAUCAAAUAUUUUUAAUAUUGUCUCAACAAAAACCAAAGAUAAACAGUUUCAGUUUCACUUUUCAUCGAUGCUGCUGUCAAUGUCGCCACUGCUGAAACAGAUUUCGUUAGGAAUAUCGUUGGACCUGCAGAGACGGAGUGAACGAUAUUGCCACGCUAGUCUGUCUACCUCAUUAUCAUCAUUAUCGCCAUCAUAAUUAUUAUCAUCCUCAAUGCUAAUUAGUUGCUUAUGAUUACCAUUGUCGUCUGACAUUGUUUAAAAAAAGUUCCCAAAAAAUAAAAACAAAUAAUGCAAACAAGUAUCGGAUAACAAUUUUCUAGACACCGUUUGCAACAAUAAAUAUUUUAUUUUUUGUUUUUACCAUUAAUUGUUCAGAAUUUAAAUUUAAGAAUUUUAUUUUGCAUUGUAAUAUUUAAAUAAGUUAAAAAUGUUAUCUACAGUAAGUUCUUAUUAGUUAAAAUAAUACUUCCAUAUAUAUUUUUAAUAAUUAUACUAUCGAGAAAAUAUUAAUGUUAACAUAAACGAAAUAAAUAGGCAUUUAAACUCUCUUUGGAACUCAAAUAACAUAAUAAAUAAAAAAACUAAGCGAAAUUGU